AAGCGACACAUGUUGCUGGUUGGUAUUCGUCCGGCUAAUGUGUGAGCAAUUGAUCGUGCAACCAGACACAGUUAAAGAAGGCCACUCACUCAGAUAUUCGCUCGCUCUGAGCAUAAUGCUGCACCAUUGGGUCACUUAUUUCACAUAUAUCGUAUCUCUAGCUACUGCACAAGCGCUAUGAUCAUUCAUAAUAAAAAUAGCAAUAGCAGUAUUUUAUGUGCGCGAAGAGGAAAAUACACAGAUCGGAGAAAAUGUUUUAGAAAAAAAUGCGAACAAUUUUCAGAAAAUUUUAAUUUGUGAGUAAGCAGCAGAACUGCAAAAUAUUUAUCGAACGGGCGUGCGCGAUCUAUUGGAUCGAUCAGUCGUUAGUGGAACGGUGUCGGUAGCGAAAGUGUUCUGUACUUGUAUACGCGGUAUCUUUAAUGAUCAUUAAACGAUUUUGAAAUUGUCAAAAAAAAAAAAAAAAAAAAAAAACAGUGCACCCGUUUAGAGACGCAUUUAAACAACAAGUGUGUAUUAAAAGCAUAGUCUCACAGCUACGCCGCCGCCAUCACUGACUGUCUGUGCUGCAGCGCAAUUCCAAGUUUUCCGGCACAACGCCAACCACACAACACGAAGAACGCGUACACUGCCGCGCCCACGCGCGCAUCAAUCAAAACAAAACAAGAGCGAAAGCGAAAUAAAUGGCCAGUAACAACAGCGCCAGCGCUAGCGCGCGCACAACAAAUGGAAACGGCAGCGCCACAAUUGUUGAAUCAAACUUCGCCAACGAAAUGUUGCGCGCCAUUGUGGCCGCGCACAGCACUGAGAAUGUUAUCAUAUCACCGCUACAGCUGGAGGCAUUGUUCACCCUGCUCUAUCUCGGCAGUGAUGGCAGCACCGCGGAAGAGCUUCAGCGUGUGCUGCAGCUGAAACGUUUCGCGAGCAAUGCCAAAAUGGCAAACCACUUUGCGACGGAACUACAGCUGAGCACCGAUGUUGCCGCUGAUACGCACAUGCAGAUGUGCAACGAAUUGUUGCUGCCAGAGCAGCUUGAAAUCGGUGAUGAAUUUUGCAAAAUCGCUCAAAAAUAUUUCCAUACAACAGCGGUGCAGCGAGAUUUAUGUAGCCCACCGAAAUUGCGCGCGCAGCUUGACGAGGAUUUGGCAAAGGUGGCCGAGGGUUAUGCGUGGCGCAUCACUGAUGCCACGUUGUCCACAGCCGCAACACCUGAUGCAGCCUCGGCCAUCGUGUUGGCAGCGGUGCAUUUUCAGAAUAAAUGGUUUCUACCAUUCAGCGCCUACCGCACUGGCUUGUACGACUUCCAUUUAAGUGCAGAUGAUGCGCCCGCGGCCAAUGCCACGUCGGCAACUGCGGCCGUGCCUAUGCUCUUCGACGAUGAUAUGUUCGUAAAAUUUGCGGAGUUUCGCGAGUUGGACGCGCGUGCCAUUGAAUUGCCUUACGAGCAUGAUUACGAGCUGGCCAUGUUGGUGCUGUUGCCCAAUCGAAGAGAUGGCCUGGCGGCACUUGAAAAGCAGCUGCAGUCGGCGGAUCUCAAUGCGCUGACGGAACGUAUGCAAAUGGAAAGCGUGCAGGUUCUUUUGCCGAAAUUCAGUAUUGAUUUUGAAUGCAGUCUGCGGAGGUACUUGGAACAGCUGGGCCUUACAAAGAUUUUCUCCAAAGCAUCAAAUUUUAAAAAUAUGUUGGCUGAAAACAGCACAGCUUCGCUGACGAUUGCGGAUAUUCUACACAAAGUCUGCAUUGAGGUGAACGAGUCAGGAACUGAAGGCGUCAAUAGUGUUGUUUCUCGGGACCAACAUGCUUUCAUUACGUCCAUUCGGUUUAAAAAUGAAAUUGUCACGUAUUGUGAUGGGAAAAUUUGCACCUGUCUUUUGAGAAGCCAACCCCUGCAAGCAUUACACGCACGAGCAACAAGAGGAUAUUUGUUUGCUCGCGGACCUAAAUGCGACUUGUUGAAGUGAGGCGAUAAGCUAAAAUACUUUUGGAUUUUCCAGCAAAAGAAACUUUAAAUCCUGCUGGAUUUUUGACGAAUUUUCUAAUAACAGUAUUUACAAAGUAAACAUCAACAUUUUAUUUAUAUUUUUUGUUUUUCUUUAGCAAGCAAGAAAAUGACGUUUGGGCGGUGAAGUUGAAGUUUGAUAAGAAAUGAAUUCACUUUACAGAAAUGUAAAAUGUUGAUAGAGUUACUACAGUAAUUAAGUUAAAAAGUGUGCAACCGCGCGAUAAAACUGAAAUAACUCCAUCGAAAAUCGUGGCUCGGAAAAAUUUGUAAAAAAUUAACAAAAUGAGUUAACAUUAGAGUAUAUAAAUUAGUUUCAAAAUUAUUCAAUACUCCAUUUAUUUAUGUUCGAAAGUACAUUCUAUAUUUUUAAGUUUUAACCAUUCUAUGAAAUUUAACGGUCGUACUCCUAUGAUUUUAACGCGCGCUUUAACAUAUGUAUAUGUAAAACUGUGACUAGGAACAUUUCGAUAAGCAUAUAUAUUUUAAAA